AUGGCAAGCUCUGUUGCAACCGCAGCUGGCGAAGGUCAAGCCCAAGUCUUCGUUUUAUUUGGCUUUCGACAGGUGCCUGGUGGCUUCCGCUACGAGGUGGAUGAUGCCUUCGAUUUGUCGGCGCCACAGGCGCAAGUGGCCAUAGUGGACUUUUGCCAGCGACUGGUGCAGCAGGCAGCGCUGAAGGUGGUUCCAGGACUUUGGAACUGCUGGCCAUUGAAGAUGAAGGAGUUUCUGACAAUGCGCGGACAAGCCUGGCCCACCAGCGACUUCCUGCCCCAGCUGCGGCACUUCGUCCGGGAGUCUCCACGAUGGGUCGGUGACCACAUGGACAUCGAUCGAGGGACUGCAGCUUGGCUCGGGCCCAAAGGGGACCUGUGA